AUGGGCGCCAUAAUGUCGCACAAGACAACAAACGUCCUAUAUGUUGUUCUGCUCCUUGUUAUUGCCGCCUCUGUUCUAGACCUCCAACUAGGGACUCAGUCUCUCGACUCGACCUCACUAUAUCACCGGCGCCCCAACAAGCACGACUACGAACCCGACUACUGGACAUGGGAGACAACCACCCGCUUCAAACAGCCUGAUACCCGCUCAAGAUUUACCAUCGACGACGACGCCAUCUGCGACUCCUUCCCCACCCACCUCCUCUCGCGCGUCCAGGUCGUCUUGAAAAUCGGCUCCUCCGAAGCCAAAGACCGCCUCAACGCGCAGCUGGCCACCGUCACCCGGUGCAUCUCUAAUCUCCUCAUCGUGUCGGACCGCGAGUCCGAGCUGAACGGUCACCAGGUAUACGACAUUCUCGGGUCCCUACCGGCGUCAUUCCGCAACAACACGCCAGACUUCGACGCAUACGAUGCCCUUCAACAAGGGAAGACGGUGGAUCCCGCGCAAGGGUGGCGACUCGAUCGAUUCAAGUUUCUGCCCAUGGUCGAGGCCGCGUACGAAACAAACCCGACAGCCGAGUGGUUCGUCUUCCUCGAAUCCGACACCUACUAUGUAUGGGACAACCUGUUCCGUCUCUUGGAUCAAUUCAACCCGUCGGUUCCGUUGUAUUUCGGAUCUCCAACUCCAGGACGAGGAGCCGGAGAGGAGAGGACAUUUUUCGCAUACGGAGGAGCAGGAUUCGUGCUUUCAAAAGGCGCGGUGGAGCGACUAGUCGCGCGCGGGACCGGUUCUCACGGAGAAUACAUCGAGCCGUCAUUGAGCGUACGAUACGAGGAUGUCGUCAAGGGCGAUUGCUGUGGGGAUUCGGUGCUCGGAUGGGCGCUGUAUGACCACGGUGUGAAACUCUCGGGGAUGUGGCCGAUGUUCAAUCCGCAUCCGCUGCAUGGGAUCCCGUUCGACAAUGCAUACUGGUGUCAGCCCGUCAUCAGCAUGCACAAGUCGUUUCUGAACGACAUGGAAGACUUGGUGAAAUGGGAGAAUAGACGGGAUCGAUCGACACCACUCCUCUAUUCCGACCUCUUCUCAUACCUCAAACUCGGUGUUCUUACACAAAAGUCCGAGUGGGACAACGGCGACUGGGGCGGGUUCUUGGAGCCUCCGGACUCGCCCGCGCAUAGAUCAUUUGACGACUGUCGCGAGGCAUGCCACGAGCAUGGCGAAUGCCUCUCCUACACAUACGACUUUGCAGGACACUGCGUGUUCGUGCGAACCAUGCGCCUUGGCUCUAGAAAGCCUCACACGCCGGAGGUCAAACUAUCGGCUGGCUGGGACGUGCAGAAAAUCAAGACCUGGCGGGCAAACCACCAGUGCGAGAAACCGCUGUGGAUGAAGCCGAGCAUUACGCGCAUUUUCUAG